UUUAGUCUUGUAAGUACAUUCACCUGAAGAAGACAUGAAAACCACAGUGUUACCACCGCCACCACCACCACCACCACCACCACCACCAUCACUACUACCACUACUACUACUACCACUGCUACUAGGCACGGCCCUCACGUCACCGCUGUGCCAGUCAGCUGAUUUGUUCUUAGGCGGAGGCAACGUAACGCUAAACACACUAACGUUAAUCGAAAAUUUUGAUCAUUACGAAGGAUGGAAAACGUACCUGCAUCCAUCACUGCAAUUCCAGGGGGUGACAAUCGAGUGCCAAACAGCUGAGUGGACCGUGACUGCGUCCUUCACCAACAUCAGUUACUGUCUCUCUAAAAACUCCUGGUUUGAGGUGGUGUUGUUGUGCGGGAUUCGGGGCCACAUAACGCUUGCCAUGUUGGCUGGGCAGUGCAUGUGGAUAGGUUUCGGCGAAGAGAGCCAUAGCAGCAAGGCACGGCUGCUCCGCGCCUCGGCUCACGGCAAGUCGAAGUGGCGCAAGAAUUCUCCGGCUGGGAAUUGCACGCUAGAGAAACUCCCAGAUAAACCAUUGCAUUAUUUCAAAAGUCUUCAUGUCGUCUCUACUGCUAUUAAUACUACUACUGCUACUACUACUACUACUACUGCUACUACUACUACUACUACUGCUACUACUACUGAUGCUGCUGCUGUUGCUACUCCCAAAUGUGCCAGAUUACACGCCACACAGCUUCUCCCUACCUCGGCGGUGGUGGUGGUGGUGGUGUCAGUGGUGGGGGCAGUGGCUACUGUGGGGUGUGUGGUGAGGGUGGUGUGGGUGAAGAUGGUGUGUCCUGCAUUACACCGCCGGAAACAGGCAUCACAAACGUGUCCAGAGACGGGAAGCAAGCCACGCCCACACGAACCCCCACGCCCACACAAACCCACACCAACCCAGCGCACAUACCCACACUUCUCCGGCUCACUCCACUCCCUCGCCCCUCCACACACGCAGGGCACUGAGGAACCUACCUAUGAUGUGAUGACCUGGAGUAACGUGGAUGAUGACGCAUACGAAAAGGUGGAUGACUUACUGGGUGGAAAUGGGGCUUAUGAAGUGCUGGAUGACAGGUGGAUGACGUGGCAGAGAGAGCAAGGGGCUAGUAAUGUGGAUGACGUGGAGAGUGAAAAUGAACUAGUUUAUGAUGACGUAAUGGAUGUUACCAGAGUGGAUGACUCGAGGAUGUGCCCAGAUGUAGUGUAUGAUGAUGUGAUGGCUGCCACUGUGGAGGAUGAGACAUAUGAGGGGCUAGGAGGAGGGGACGGGAGUGGAGAGCCUGCAGUGGUGGGUGACAGUUGUGGUGUGUACUGGAAUGUGGUGGAAGCUGGCAGGGCUCACAACCAGGCAGAUGACUCAGUGCUGUACCAAAAUGCUGAAAUAGUCAAUGAAAAUGAUGAUGGUUACAAGACAAAUGAAGGAGUUUAUGAAAAUGUUGACAGUCAGAAGGCGUACAACUCAGGAACCUACGAAGACCCAAUCAGCGUUCAGUACUACAAGGCGGCAGAUCACGAUCCAGUAUAUCAGGAAGUGAACGACGCUGCCACCAUUUGUGAGGAUGGCACUGAGGACAUCUACCUCACCCCCCUGCCCGCGCCUCACCCCAAGUAAAGGUCACGUAUUCUGAAACGCUCUGCUCCCACACCUAGACUAUUUUUCAAGGCCAAAGAGAUGAUUUGCUGGGUUCUGAAGAGCGUUUCUCCUGUUAAUGAUGUAGAAAUCUUGUUAAUCUGUCGCUAGAACCGUAAAAACACCCUUGAAAACAGUCUGCUUUCUCACCACGACUGUUUUCCAAGACCAUAGAGGUGACUGGCGGAGUCCUCAAGAGCGUUUCUUCUAUAAAUAAUGUAGAAAUUUUGUUAAUCUGUUACUAGAAGCGUAAAAAAAAAAAAGAAAAAAAAACACUAUUAAAAACCCGUGUCAUUUCAACUAGAGCCUCAGGGAAGAAGUGGAGGUGCGGCACAGAACCGUUGUAGAAUCUAGUGCCUUGUAUAAUGAUGGAUUAGGUAUGAAGGUGGAGGUUAGGUUAGUAUGCAGAAGGCUUUGUCAGAACCUGUCAGUUGUGUUGUCCAUCACUGCCUUCGACUCUUGUGUCUGUAAGUGAACGUUAUCUGAGCCUCAUCAGAACCUCUUGUAUGUUGUAUUUAUUGUACUGUAUAAGCUGUGUGGUUCUUUGCUUCUUCUGUAUUCAUCAACGUUACUUCAGUCUUUCGUCUGUUGUCUGUAAUUCCCGUAGACUUGUGUUUGUAGGUGAACCUGACAUCAGUCUCUCAGGAAAACCUCUUGUAAGUUGUAAGGUUCAAAAUUCUCUUUGGUGUUGUGUUCAUCAAUGUUCAGUAACUUGUCAAAAGCCUGUUGUCAGCAGUGUUGCCUUUAAUUCCUCUUGUUUCCUUUCUGUCCACAAUGAUCAUUAUCCGAUGUCUCCUCAACACCAAUUAGAAUUUGUAUGAUCUGUAAUUCUCUUUGAUUCUUUUUGUAAUCAUUAAUGUCGCUUUCAUAUCAAAUGUAAACUUCCUUUUCUUGUGUGUACGGUUGGUCCUUUUGUUUUGUCAGUUAGUGUUAAGCUCAAGUUUAUUGUAAUACACGUGUUGGUGGCAAUAAACAGUGUAUUGUUCUCCUCUGAUGAAUCCUUGCAUAUCUUUUAUUCUUUCACUGUCCUUCUCACUUUCUCUCACCCCUAUUCUGUCCACCUCCCUAAUGCAAGAGUUAACCAUUAUUUCUACUCUUUCACCCCUUUCACUGGUACACUCCUGAACUCCCUGCCUGCUUCUAUAUUUCUCCCUGCCUGUGACUUCAACUCUUUCAGGGGGAGGCUUCAUCACUGACUACUGAGUGUGCUCCAGUCAUUCACCACUUACAGAACAAAUUCCUUCCUGUCUCUUUUUUCAACAUAACUUUAUCAAGCUUGAACCCGUUACUUCUUGUCCUGCCCCGAUUACUGACCCUGAGGAUUUUGCUUAGGUCACCCUUGAUGUUUCCCUUGAGACAAUUGUGUAUGCAUACUAAUUACUGUGUGUGUUCCUAAUGUUGCUGUAUACUCUUGUGUGUCAAGUGUGUUGUAGCUACUUGCAUGCAGUAAACAUGAUUACUUCU